GUUUUUCCUUUAUGGACCAUAAAUCUUCAAAAAAAAAUUCAGAAAAAUUCACCGAAGGAAAAUAUAGAUAUUGUCAAUUUAUUGUGAAAUUAGACAAUAAAAGUGCAAAAGAUUAAACGUCAUGGUUGCCAUGGCAACACAAACACUGUUUUAAUUUGUUCAUAAAUGGACAGCACACAGCUUCUGAACUUUCCUGGAAAUGAUCAUAUUGCCUUGUCUUAAAUGUAUCUAAUAUAAAUUCGGUUCAAAGCGAACGAUACUCAAAAUACCUAGAAUUUUAGAGAACUGUAGGGAGCCACCUUAAAAGUACACCCCACUGAAAAUUAUCAGUACUAGAAUGCUCAAGGAAUACAAUUCAUAGUCAGCUUUGUCUCAGAGUAAAAAUUCUAUUGUUUAUGAUCACGUCUUUACUGGCCACAUUUACACCAUAGGCAGCCCAGCAAAAUGUGUAAAAAUGCAUUAAACGCUUAAAAAUACGUAUAAAGUUCGUCUCAAUUUGCUAUCAAGCGAUUUAUUUGUGUAGCUCAUUAUACAUGCAGAUUCCGAUGUUGAUGUCAUUGUAUUUUCAAUGACGUAAACAUCGGAAUCUGCAUGUAUAAUGAGCUACACAAAUAAAUCGCUUGAUAGCAAAUUGAGACGAACUUUAUACGUAUUUUUAAAGGUGAUCUACAGUCCGUAUGUAAACAAAGCCUUUGUUUACAUUUUUGUGUCCAAAAUAUUGAGCUUUAUUCGACAACUAUUUAUAUUUUCAAGCUUCUAGAGUAUAAUAAAUGAUCAAGAAACAACAAUCAGGCUUUUCAAGAACUCAAAACAUAGUUAAACUGUUUGUAUCAUAAAAAGUGGGCUCAUUUGUGCACAUGCGCAGAUCGGACUGUAGAUCACCUUUAAGCGCUUAAUGCAUUUUUACACAUUUUGCUGGGCUUUCUAUAUUUACACUGUGCCAGAUAGCUUUCCGUAGCGACGUAAAAACACAUAACCGUACCUUUUACGAAUAAUAUUUUCAGAGGAAUUAUUGCAACGGAGAGAUCUUGUUCCGGCUCAGCUUCAAGUUGUACAUUCCGUAUCGGAUAGGUGCUUUUUCCCGCGCCGCUACGGAAAGCUAUCCCGUAUAGUGUAAACGUAGCCUUAGUGAAACACCCCUGAUGCGCGCACAGUUUCUCAUUAUGACGUAAAAAUUAGAUUGCGCUGCGAGUCGCACGCUCUCGUCUUAUGAAAUUGAGUUAAAAAAAUAGUUGUUGCUGAAAUCCUGCGGCGCGAAGAUGAACAUGGUUUCAGUUGUUGAUGACAAUGGGUAAUGUAAUGUCAAGACUGGCCAUGAUAUUACAAAGAAAGAAAGUUACGCCCAACGAGGUAUUUUUUAUUAUUUGACGUUCAUACAACGUCUUAGAGGCAGGCGAACACUUUAGCAUUCACCGUCUUAGAAACAAGCGUGCAAUUUAGCUUUCUCUGCCAAGUUAUUUACUAUUUAAAACACGAACAGGAGUGUUUUAUCAUAUAUAAAACACGAGGCGACAGCCGAGUGUCUUGCACUGACAAAGCACAGACCGCGAGUGUAGUUUUAAAUGGCUUAAAAAUCAGUGGUGCCUAAAUUACUUUGAAUUUGUACUCGAGUAAAUGUAGAAGUAAUUAACAAUAAAACGACUUGAGUAAGAGUAAAAAGUACUGGAAGCAAAACGUACUUAAGUAAAAAGUACAAAGUAUCCUUAAAAAAUACUUGAAGUAAAAAGUAAAAGUACUAUUGUCUUUAGCGUGUAAAGGGGAGACGGACUUCUCCAAUGGAUUGACAUACAAAAGAAAUAAAACAGCACACGCAUUAUAUGUGCGCACCAAAAUUAUACAAUAUUUCACGGCAUGGUCAACUUUCCAGACCCUGUUGAAGAUAUAAUAAAUCCAUAAAAUAAAUAAUACUUAUAAGUAAAUCACAAACGAGAGAUUCCAGUAACGAAGUAUUUUUAGUUCGUUACUUGACACCACUGUUAAAAACAAUCCAUCUUAUGAGUUCAUUGGCGAAGUAAUUUUAAAAAUCAACGUUGUUUAAACCGAGAAAAUCAAAGCUAAAGUUUAUGUAAAUCAACAUGUCGACUUUUUAUGAGAUAUGAAACCCGACACGAUAGUGAUUUCCUUGUUUUUUCCUCAUGAAUUAUUAAUAGUUUUUUAAUUCUAUUAAAAAAUCCCGCUAAAGGCGAAUAAUUUUUUUAAAAGUCGGCACAAAAACAAAUAAACUCGUGAAAAAACUUGGGAAGAAAAUUGUUGACCGUGCGAACAGCAAGGACUGAAACUUGUCACGGAUUAUCUGUCAUGUGUUUAUUCCAAUGGUUUAUUCACAGGCUUGAUAUUUUCUAUCUAUCCUAUUUUCACAGAAUAGGAACAGCAGUCAUGAAAGAUGCAGCAAUACAGAGCAGCCGAAAGAAAUGAACAACACAGGUAUAAAUUAUUGUGAACAAGAACAAUGCUGUUCCAACAACUUGUCAACAGGAUGUGUUAACUUAAUUCGCACCGCGUGUUCCCAGCUGGUCAACUUGCUACAAGCCACUACCUACAAGGUUAAUUAAUGUUGAGCUCAAUCGACUUGUUACAAAUUGUCCCACAAUUCAACAUUCAAUAAUUUGUUAACAAUGAAUAUUUGUGAACAACAAGUUGUGAAUGCAACCUUGUAGCAACUUGAUAAAAUAACAUUGUUACAACUUGUUGACAGGCUUGCUACAAGUCUGUUGCGAACACAUGUCUUGUUGACAAGUUGUGAUAUUUUUACGUAUGUACCAGGAGGAAAUUAGAGUCGUAGUUCAGACCCAAAUUACGACAGCACUUCAUUAACAAUUUUUUUGCUGUCUACUAUUUAGAAGCGAAGCAAUGUUUAGAAUCUACUUCAAGCAUUCAAACUGUUUCUGUUGAACAAUGUCAAUGUGGUGAAUCUUCCAACGUGGGUAAUUGUUCCGAAUUUGCAGAAGAGAGUUCUCGACGAACCAGGACAGAGGCACAGGACCUGAACAUAAACUAUCAAACUGAUGAAAAUGAUGAUCUUACAAACGGGUUUGAUGCUUCUGAACAGAACUCAGAGACGAUGGUCUCUUCAAAUGAAUGUAAAUCCGUUCAGAAAGAAAAGAUAUUCUGUGUCGAUGAUAACGACAAAAAGGUAAGCAGAUCAGCUGAGAUAGAAUUUUUUGUGUAUUAAUUAUAUAAAGUAGCAUAACAAUUCUUCUAAUUCAAAUUGGCUUGAGACAGAUCACCGGCAAGUCGUAUCAUUUGUCUGACAAGUCAUCACACUUAGUGUAAACACAAAAGGAAUUUAAAUUUAAAAAUGUUGGAAGCGAAAGCAGGAUUCAUAAUUAAUUGUGUAAACGUUCUCUGGUUAAAAAAAUUUAUUUAUUACAAGCUUUCCAAACGAAUUACUAUCUGGUAAACUAGCUGGAAUAGCGCAUUAGCGUGAUCUGUAUUGAUACUGUUACUGUCAGUUUGUCAAAUAUUGCAUUUAUACACAUAGAGGGACUAUUCUACGCAAGCUCGUCUGUGUGAGAAGUUUGUUUGUCGCGUUUCUACACAAACGAAUUAUAAGACGACUUAUUUUUGUUUUCAGUCCAAGGAACACUUCUUCUCUUGCAUGAAUCUGGCCAUUCUUCUAAGCUGGCUUAAGGUUUAAUAAGCCAACGUUUAACAAAGCCUACGCUUUGGUAGUUUGGAUAUAAUAGAUGGACUAAAUAGACUAAAUUUUAAUCCAAGCAAGAAGAACAAAAUCCACUCGCUUUCGUUCCAAAUGUGGUGCAUUUUCCCUUGCGCGAUACAAAUUAAUACAAAAUUUGCAAAUUUCGCAAGGCUAUAUUUUCCGCAUUUUACAAAACAUUUCGCGGCCAAACUUUGCAAUUUUACUAAUAUUAACAUGCUCUUUCUAGCUGUGGUGAUGGAGUUUGUUCUUCUUGCCUAGAUCAAUAUUUAGUUCAUAGCUGCAAUCAUAUAUUGAGAUGGGCUAGACUUUUCUAGGCUUAACAUAAGAUAAGUGCAGAUUGCGAGAGAUACAACUACCCGAAAAAUACAAACAGAACUUUCAACUCGAAACGUCGAAGUAUUUUUAACUUGUAUUUUUCAGGUAGUUGCAGUUAUCUUAUUAUCGUGUUUACUUGCACUGGCACGUUUAGACUUAAUAUAGUAUUUCGUUCUGUGUUCCUACAGGCUGUGUCUGCUACAGAAAGCUUCAUCAGUAACGAUAGUAAAGACCUACAUGGUAUAUUUGACACUGACAUUUCUAGAGAAAACAUCUUGAAUAUAGGAAGCACCGCAGGCCCUAGUUUUAAAGCAGACUGCCCUUCUCAAGACAAUGGUGGACAAGGGGAGAAGCCGGCUGACUCGCUUUCAUGGAUAAAUAAGGAUGGAUAUAGUACAGAAGGGACAGCUGGAUCAGAAUCAUUUGGGGAUAGAGAUGACGAUAUCAUCGAUAGAUUACUAGUGGAUAAUAUUGAUGAUUUGGGAGUUGAUUAUGAAAAGUUUGAUGUGGUUCCAGAUGGUAGGAAAUCUUCUCUUACACCUCUUAGUCUUGAAACUUUGAACGGGAGUGAGUUAGAUAGACGGGAAUGCGUGCUCAGUUUCAUUCAAGCAUGGUCACCGCUGAAUUUACCGAGUACAGACACAUACUCAAACCACUGAGCUCUACUAUAUAUAUCUGGAGACCGUGCUCGCAAAUGAAAAGUGUCCGCAAAAACAUGGCGGAUUUCGAGCUCCACGUCCACUAUUCUCAUGGUACGUUAACUGACCACAGCUCAAAUGCGUGCGGGCGACAUUUCCCACUCCCCCCUGACCAGAGAGCCACUGAUCUUUAUAAUUUUUAAAAAAGGAGUACAUUGGAGAAGAUUAGUAAAUAUUUAUAGUUACAUAUGGGGGUAAAAGGUUUCUUCUGAACUUUACCAACUACUAUCAAGUUCAAGCGAGCUCAUUCGAGCGACUAUCUCCACAAUUUCUGCUGUGAAAUGUAUAAAUGAUGAUCCAAACAGAUAAUAUAAAUGAGCUGAACGAAUGGUGGUAUUUUGGCCAUGUCGCAUGUAUGCUUUUGGAG